UUGCCAAAUAGCGGCCGUCGAGUGCUCGACGGGGUCAUGACGGACAAGAUUGAACUACUUUGAGCCGUUUGAUGACCCAGAGUUGAGAGUGAUGGAUCACAUCACACAUGCAUCUCGAUGGCGAAGGGCGGUCCGAUGAUGGCGGUUUUUACGCAUCGGCGACCGUCCAAACCAGUCACCAUCCCGGUCAACUUUGAUUAAUGUCUUGGACAGCUGAGACAGUGUUUCAUCGGAGGAUUGGAGGCCACGGACAUGACAGGACUUCCUGCACGGAGCAAAGUCGUGCCGUUAUUUGGUUUCGGGGUGAUUGCUGCAGGCCCGUCGGAGAAGACCGACCGCGUUGGUGGCCUGAGGCAGAGAGGGGAGCAAACCUGCCAAACAUGCCAAACCCAUCAAACCCAUCAAACCCAUCAAACCCAUCAAACCCAUCAAACCCAUCAAACCACGCAAAGCAGCCAAACACCAAGAAGUGGGACCGUCCGGUUGGCCGAACAGCAACCGAUGCGAAUAGAAUCGAGGAUGCGGAAGGAUGGGGAGGGAGAUCAGAGAGAAUGCAGAGAAACCGACCCCGUCACGUAGAUUGAAUCUUGGUCUAUCCAGGGGCACAAGGCGACCUCGUAUCACUGUACCCCGUAGAAUCGAAUGAUGUGAAAAAAACCAAAAAAAGGGGGUGGGCCCAGACUGCGGGAAGACCGAUGGGCCGAUCGGCGGAAAAGGUUCUUAACUCUUAAGCCGGACUUCACCUCAGGAA